AUGUACACGUUCAGACGUGCCGCUAGCCACCCGUUACUCUAUGCUUACCGGCUAGGUGCACGAGCGCAGAAGCCCCGUCUAAACCUUUACCGUCAUUGCUCACAACUGGCUCAAAACAGCAACCUUAAUCUUAUCUCUGAAUCAGUACCAUCGCUAAUUGUAAAUGAGCUUUCGAAAGCUAAUAUCCGUUGCACAAAAGAAGGUAUCGAAAUCUUCAAAGAAGCAUAUGGCUCAUUGUCCCACUCGAUUUUGGGUUGCUCUUGGGCUUUUUCGCGGCACUUUCAGGAUGCCUGGAUGGCCAGCGACAUCGACUUCAACUGUUUUUACCAUUUACAACAUUCUCCAAAAUCGCCCUGGAGACCAAACGAUGAAGCUUUCGUUAUAUGCAUGAACAGUAGGGUCUACAAAAUGUGGGAAGCCAUGUACUUAACCUCUACGAUAUUUCGAGAGUUGAUUGAUCAAGAAGAGCGGUAUAUUCAGUCAUUACCAAAUAAACUACUUCGAGUUGAUGAGUCGGCGUUAUGGGGGUGGAUGUCCGCGUUAAUUAAAGAAGGGGUCGUAAAUCGAGAGGAUAUUGAAAACCUACCGAAUCCUAUAGACCUUUCGAAACUAGAGAUCCCCAAAACUCCCCAGAGGAAGGCUAGCGAACACGGGUAG